AUGUUUGUCCGAAAACUGAAACGAAAGCUGCCCGGAUGCCUAAAAACUGAUUAUCUCCUCCUAACAGUCGAUAUUGGAGCGAUACCUGUUAUGCAUUCUUGUUUUGCUGAUUCUACUGCAAUUGCUGGUUUUUGCCAUAUCAAGGUUGAUUCCUUGACUUCGGCUGCUGUGAUGACCCUUCCACUGAUCUGCGGCUGGCUAUCAGAGGUAUUCAUCCCACAUUUCCCUAGAACGAGUAAAUCUAGGGGAUAUGCCUUCGUUAGAUUCAAGUAUGAAGACGAUGUGCGGGCCUCUAAGGGUGUUCUCGAUGAGAAGAAGAUAGAUGGGAGGGCAGUCUCGAUUAAAAAUGCUUUCCCUAAAAACCCUCCCAGGUUGAGAGCUCAAUUUUCUCCUCUUCGUGGGGGCACCCGGAAGGUAGAAGAUUCUCCAAGGGAAGCCGUUGUCCCAGGGGAAGCCCUCCUACCACGCAAGGGUUGGGAGAAACCCUCAUCAACUCCAUUCAUUGAUUCAGGCAGCAACAAGACGAUAUUUGCGGACCCAUCUGCGGUUAAUCGCAAACUCCAGAAGCUGAAACUAGGACUAGUGGGCUACUCAGGAGAGAAGAAUCAAGCUUUAGGGGCUCCAUCUGCAAGAAUCCCUCAACCAAUCGAAUCUCAGACCCUUGAUACUCCUCCAACCACUUCUCCCCAGGAUGCAGUUUCUAAGAUGAAGCAGCCAGUCUCUGGAGCUCCUGACUGCAAGGUCCACUCUAGCAACUACUCUGCUGCGAUCCAGGUUGCUGGACCUCAUUAG